CGCAAAUGGGUUAGAAGAGAGAACAAGACGAUGUUACUGCGCCGUGGAACAUCCAUGGACUCUCUGCAAACCGGUCUGCAGCCACUUAGUCAGAUAAAUAAGAUAAAUGACAUCAUGAUCGAAGACAAUAAAGAGAACAAAGACCAUUCCUCAGAAAGAGAUAGAGCUGCUUUCAUUUUUUCCUUGAAGAAUGAGGUGGGAGGACUUGUAAAAGCUCUGAAGCUCUUCCAGGAGAAGCAUGUGAAUUUGGUGCACAUCGAGUCCAGAAAGUCAAAGAGAAGAAACUCAGAAUUUGAAAUUUUUGUUGACUGUGAUACCAGCAGAGAACAACUGAAUGACUUUUUUGACCUAUUGAAGUCCCAUACGAAUGUACUGUCUGUGAAUUCACUUGAUGCUUUUUCUGUGCAGGAAGAUGAUAUGGAGACUGUUCCCUGGUUUCCAAAAAAGAUUUCUGACUUGGACAAAUGUGCCAACAGAGUUCUGAUGUAUGGGUCUGAGUUAGAUGCUGACCAUCCUGGUUUCAAAGACAGCAUGUACCGUAAAAGACGAAAAUAUUUUGCAGACUUGGCUAUGAAUUACAAGCAUGGUGACCCCAUCCCUAAGGUUGAAUUCACUGAAGAAGAGAUAAAGACUUGGGGAACUGUGUUCCGAGAGCUCAAUAAACUCUACCCAACCCACGCUUGCAGAGAAUAUCUCAAAAACUUACCUUUGCUGUCUAAAUGCUGUGGGUAUCAGGAAGACAACAUCCCUCAAUUGGAAGACGUCUCACGCUUCUUAAAAGAGCGCACAGGUUUUUCCAUCCGUCCAGUUGCUGGCUACUUGUCACCAAGAGACUUCUUAGCAGGUUUAGCAUUCCGCGUUUUUCACUGCACUCAGUAUGUGAGACACAGUUCACACCCUCUCUAUACUCCAGAGCCGGAUACCUGUCAUGAACUCUUGGGUCAUAUCCCUCUUCUGGCCGAGCCUAGCUUUGCUCAGUUCUCCCAGGAAAUUGGCUUGGCAUCCCUUGGAGCAUCAGAUGAGGCAGUGCAGAAGCUGGCUACGUGUUACUUUUUCACUGUGGAAUUUGGCUUAUGCAAACAAGGAGGACAGCUGAGAGUUUAUGGUGCUGGGCUACUCUCUUCCAUCAGUGAACUUCAACAUGCCCUCUCUGGACAAGCCAACGUGAAGCCCUUCGAUCCAAACAUCACCUGCAAGCAGCAAUGUCUCAACACUUUCCAGGAAGUCUACUUUGUGUCUGAAAGCUUUGAAGAAGCAAAGGAGAAGAUGAGAGAAUUUGCAAAAACUAUCAAGCGCCCUUUCGGUGUGAAGUACAACCCAUACACACAAAGUAUUCAGAUUCUGAAGGACACCAAGAGCAUCGCCAGCGUGGUCGAUGAACUUCGACAUGAACUUGAUAUUGUCAGUGAUGCCCUUAAUAAAAUGGGCAGACAUUUGGAUGUCUAAAGCUAGGAGGAUAUUCCCUACCAACUCAAGAGUGAUUGGUCCUAGGUAGGAUUGGACUACUGCAGAGGACAUUGGAUAUUUCCAUAGAGGCCCAUGAGAUAGCCCAUUUGUUUCAAGAGCUAAGAGGUGGCUGAACUAGCUGGCUACCAAACAUAAUUCUUAACCUCAGUGAUGUCACAAGAUGUUAUUAAGCAAUCCCUAGAAAUUUUUAUAUAAAAGCUCUACCUGGCUAAUCUGCAGGGAUUUGUCUGGCUCCACAAGUAGUUGAAUCCUACUUCUAGGAAUAGGAAAAAAGACUAUUUUCUCCACAAAAUAUUUUUCCUCCUUUGAGCAAAGUAACUAGGCUCUCUGUAGUAUGGACUGCCAGAUGGGUGUCUUCAUUUGAACUCAUGCAGAAACAUCUGACCUCCUUAAAUUUAUGAUGCUUAUUACUUAUUGUAGAAUUUGAGACUUCCUAGAACCCUGCCCCAAGGCACAAGUCAUAUUCCUAUGUUUAGGUUGGGGAAGGUAUUGCCUGGACUGAUGAUGCCCAUUCUGGAGUUAUGGAGAGCCCUGGGGUCUCAAAUGAUACUUAAUCCAGUAUAGGGGGUUCUGGCAACACAUGAUCAGGUGGUAAAAAGUCCUGUAGUAGAUUCUUUAAUAUCUCAUCACUUUACCAGGUAGAACAUUAAAGUUCAAUUGUGAGUGAUCAUGCUCUUACCCAAAAGUA